AUGCAUUAUCACCGCGAUUGUGGCCAUUCAGGUCAAGAAUAUACACUUGCCCUUAUACGCCAAAGGUACUGGGUAAUAAAUGCAAGAGCAUCAGUUCGCGGCGUACUAAACAACUGUGUAAGCUGMAAACGAAGGCAAGCCMCRGCCGUUAAACAGAAAAUKGCAAGUCUUCCUCGAGACAGAGUUACCCCGUCUUACCCACCAUUCACCUACACUGGCGUGGAUCUCUUCGGUCCGUAUGAAGUACAACGCGGGAGAUCUACAGUCAAACGUUACGGUGUGUUGUUCACGUGUUUAACUAUACGUGCUAUACACAUUGAAGUCGCAAGCUCCCUGGACACCGAUUCAUUUAUCAACGCGCUUCGACGCUUCACCGCUAGACGUGGUCAGCCGAAAGAGAUGCGAUCUGACAAUGGCGGCAACUUCGUWAAGGGAGAAAGAGAGCUAAGAGAAGCAGUUGAAGAGUGA